AUGCAGCGCGCACUCACGAGAGCGUCGGUCUCUUCCCCGCUCAAGGCCGCCCGCGUCCGUUCCACACAGCAGCUCCGCUUCGCUCACAAGGAGCUCAAGUUCGGUGUUGAGGGCCGCGCCGCUCUCCUUCAGGGUGUCGAGACUCUCGCAAAGGCCGUUGCUACCACCCUCGGUCCCAAGGGUCGCAAUGUCCUCAUCGAGUCCAGCUUCGGCUCCCCCAAGAUCACCAAGGACGGUGUAACGGUCGCCCGCGCCAUCUCCCUUAAGGACAAGUUCGAGAACCUCGGUGCCAAGCUCCUCGCCGAGGUCGCCUCCAAGACCAACGAGGUCGCCGGUGACGGUACCACCACUGCCACCGUCCUCGCCCGCGCCAUCUUCGCCGAGACGGUCAAGAAUGUCGCUGCCGGCUGCAACCCCAUGGAUCUCCGCCGCGGUAUCCAGGCUGCCGUCGACAACGUCGUCGAGUACCUCCAGAAGCACAGCCGCGACAUCACCACCUCUGAGGAGAUCGCCCAGGUCGCCACCAUCUCGGCCAACGGCGACGAGCACAUUGGCAAGCUGAUUGCCAACGCCAUGGAGAAGGUCGGCAAGGAGGGUGUCAUCACCGUCAAGGAGGGCAAGACUCUCCUCGAUGAGCUCGAGGUCACCGAGGGUAUGCGCUUCGACCGCGGCUUCGUCUCCCCCUACUUCAUCACCGACGCCAAGGCCCAGAAGGUCGAGUUCGAGAAGCCCCUGAUCCUCCUCUCUGAGCAAAAGAUCUCCUCCGCCAUGGACAUCAUCCCCGCUCUCGAGAUCUCCAACAAGCUCCGCCGUCCUCUCGUCAUCAUCGCCGAGGACUUUGAGGGCGAGGCUCUCGCCGUCUGCAUUCUCAACAAGCUCCGUGGCCAGCUCGAGGUUGCCGCCGUCAAGGCCCCCGGCUUCGGUGACAACCGCAAGUCCAUCCUCGGCGAUCUUGCUGUCCUCACCAACGCCACCGUCUUCAGCACCGAGCUCGAUGUCAAGCUUGACAAGCUCACCCCUGACAUGCUCGGCUCCACCGGCUCCAUCACCAUCACCAAGGAGGACACCAUCCUCCUCAACGGUGACGGCAGCAAGGACUCGAUUGCUCAGCGCUGCGAGCAGAUCCGUGGUGUCAUGGCCGACCCCACCACCUCCGAGUACGAGAAGGAGAAGCUCCAGGAGCGCCUCGCCAAGCUCUCUGGCGGUGUUGCCGUCAUCAAGGUCGGUGGCUCCUCCGAGGUGGAGGUUGGCGAGAAGAAGGACCGCUUCGUGGAUGCGCUCAACGCCACCCGCGCUGCCGUUGAGGAGGGCAUCCUCCCGGGCGGUGGUACUGCCCUCAUCAAGGCCUCCAUCAACGCUCUCAAGGACCUCAAGCCCGCCAACUUUGACCAGCAGCUUGGUGUGAGCAUCGUCAGAAACGCCAUCACCCGCCCUGCCAGAACCAUUGUUGAGAACGCCGGUCUUGAGGGCUCGGUCAUCAUCGGCAAGCUCCAGGACGAGUAUGUCAAUGACUUCAACAAGGGCUUCAACAGCGCCAAGGGCGAGUACGUUGACAUGAUCUCUGCCGGUAUCCUUGAUCCCCUCAAGGUUGUCCGCACUGGUCUCAUUGAUGCCUCUGGCGUUGCUUCUCUUCUUGGCACCACCGAGGUGGCGAUUGUCGAGGCCGAGGACAAGACGCCUCCUCCCAUGGGCGGUGGCAUGGGCGGCAUGGGCGGCAUGGGCGGCAUGAUGUAAGAUCACAACAGCAAAAGCAAAAGCAAUGGUUUUAUGAUUUUGGGCGACUCGGUUUUGGGGGAUUUCUAAAAAGGGUUUGGGUGUUAUCGGAUCGUACAGUGUGUGCCAUGUAAUCUCCUCUCUACUUUCUCUCUCUGUCUUGAUAGCUGCAUAUUCCCUUACGGCACCAUGGUGGCAUUGUAUAUUACGAUCACACUGGGUUAGAGUAGAGGUAACAGACCACGAUGUAAUGAUAUUUCAAAGAGUUAACUGUGCAGCGAGUGUGCUCACUUUCAGUAUGAGAGUGAGAGUGAGAGUAUGACUGAA